AGGACCCCAAAACAAGCCAGUCCAGACACGCAGAACGCGGAGAACCUGCAGACGCGUGACUGACAGCUGCGUCCUCCAAUCAGAGCGGAGCGCGUCAGUGCGUCCUCCAAUCAGAGCGGAGCGCUGAUUGUGGAGGCGGGGCUUACAGACCGAGGUUCGCGCACUGUAAGCCAAGUGAGAGUUCACGAGUGUCAAUAAAUCGCUAUGUGUCAUCUUUCUCUAGACUUCUGUCGCUUACACACAUUUCUCAGUAAGUUCUCGUCAGAUCUGUGAAGGCCACUCGUGCAGCUUUCAGCGUUUCUCAGGGAUCAUUUCGGGCAGAGGAUUGAACUAGCGGUCAAAACUCAGCGGGCUGAUCAGGAGGAGCGCAGGCAAGAUGGGUGCUGGAGACGGGUUUCGUGCCCCAGUAGCGGUCAUCACAGCUGGGUUAUUGAGUGUCCUGGGCCUCUCGUGGUUCUGGAGUUUACUGGCUCUCUUAGGAGUUUAUUUAUGUUCUGGAGGAUGGAGGUUUCUCUAUGUGGCCGCUUGCACCAUUAAGAGAGACCUUGUUGGUCUGCAGGCACUGCUGCGUGUCAAAUCGUUCAUGAGUCAUUAUGUUCGUACGCACAGCACCGUCCCGUCCAUAUUCGCCCAGCGGGUGGCGCUCCACCCGGAGAAAGCGGCUCUGGUGGAGGAGUCGACGGGCGAGGUGUGGAGCUUCUCUGAGCUGGACCGGCGCUCGAACGCUGUGGCGCAGUGGGCCGUGGCGCAGGGCUGGAGGUCAGGAGACGUGGUGGCCGUCUUCAUGGAGAGCCGGCCGCUGAUGGUGGCGCUGUGGCUCGGACUGGCCAAAGUGGGCGUGGAGCCGGCACUCAUCAAUUUCAACCUGCGACGUGAUUCGCUGAUGCACUGUGUGGGCGUGUCCGGAGCACGAGGGAUGGUGUUCGGGGCGGAGCUUCUGGAUGUGGUGUUGGAGGUGAAGGACUCUCUCAGCUCUCUUUCUCUCUUCUGUACCGGCUCGACUGCGGCCGAGACUUUGGAUUCGCUCUCGGCUCAGAAUCUGGAUGAUCUGCUGGCUUCGUCUCCUGACUCGCCGCCCGCUGUCACACACAACAAGGGCUUCAACGACAGGUUAUUUUACAUCUACACCUCAGGAACAACGGGCUUACCUAAAGCUGCUAUCAUAGUUCACAGCAGGUACUAUCGCAUCGCUGCGUUCGGAUAUUACUCCUUCGGUCUGCGGCCAGAUGAUGUUGUUUACUGUUGCCUGCCGCUCUAUCACUCCGCAGGUAACAUUGUGGGUGUGGGUCAGUGUCUGCUGCACGGUCUGACGGUGGUGAUCCGUAGGAAGUUCUCCGCGAGCCGUUUCUGGGACGACUGUAUCAAAUACAACUGCACGGUGGUCCAGUACAUCGGUGAAAUCUGUCGAUAUCUGCUAUCUCAGCCGGUCCGUCCGUCUGAGUCUUGUCACCAGGUGCGUGUUGCCAUGGGCAACGGUCUGCGGCCCAACGUCUGGGAAACGUUUAUGAAACGUUUCAACAUCAGUCGCAUUGGUGAGUUUUACGGAGCCACUGAGUGCAACUGCAGCCUUGCCAACAUGGACAACAAGGUGGGGUCGUGUGGCUUCAACAGUGUGAUUCUGCCCAGCAUUUAUCCCAUCAGACUUCUGAGAGCAGACGAGGACACCAUGGAGUUAAUACGGGACAGUCGAGGGCUGUGUGUCCCAUGCAAACCUGGAGAACCAGGGAUUAUCGUUGGCCGAAUCAAUCCUCAGGAUCCGUUACGCCGUUUUGAUGGCUACGCGAAUCAAGAGGCCACCAAUAAAAAGAUUUCUCACAAUGUCUUCAAAAAGGGAGACUCGGCGUAUGUGUCAGGUGAUUUGAUGGUGAUGGAUGAGUUCGGUUACGUGUAUUUCCGGGACCGAGGUGGAGACACGUUCCGCUGGCGGGGUGAGAACGUCUCCACCACAGAGGUGGAAGGAAUCCUGAGCGCUCUGUUGAAUCAGACGGACGUGGCCGUCUACGGCGUCUCAGUGCCAGGUGUGGAGGGGAAGGCAGGAAUGGCUGCCAUAGCGGACGUGACUAAUGACUUCAACUGUGAGACGUUUCUACGAGAUGUGCGGAACGCUCUUCCUUCAUAUGCUCGGCCCAUCUUCUUACGACUUUCACCUGAGGUCGACAAAACAGGCACAUUUAAAAUCCAAAAGACUCGCUUACAGAAGGAGGGAUUCGACCCUCAACAAACCAGCGACCGCCUCUACUUUCUCAACAGCCGAUUGGGGCGAUACGAGAGUCUGACGGAGGAACUCUACAGCACCAUUAUGCAAGGAAAAGUAUCGCUAUAAGAAACAGAGAGUCUUAUUGUGUAUAUUUCAUAGUUGGGUAUCGAUACACUGCUUUUUUUUUUUCAAAAUCAGCUAGAUAACUGGACUACAAUCAAGCUCAUGCUUGUCACACUGUUGAGUUAGUACUUGAAACCACUAGUUCUGCCUUUCACAUUGUUCAAUAGUACAAAAAGUACCUUUUUCAGUUCAAGCAUAUCAGCAAUGGCCUCUGGAAGUGAAACUGAUUUUAUUAUUACAAGCCUCGAAUAUGUUAGAGAUUUUUGAUUAAAAGUGAGAAAAAGUAAGUCCGGUAUUUCUAAUUUAACUAAACAUAAAGGUGCUUUACAUGAUAUUACCGAAAAGUGUUUCACGAGGUAAAAACACUACUGUAAAGGACAAAAAAAUGAGUCAGGGAAUCCAUGUGUGAUUAACUAGUCAAUCAGAAGACUCUCUGUCUGUGUUUGGGUUUGCUGGUUUUGGAGGGGUUUUCACAUUCAGCUGCUGUUGAGAACGGGUAGAUUUCUCCAGGUAUCAUUGACUUACAGCACUGGAAAUCACUUACAGCACUUUUAAUGUGGUCAACACUGUGAUACUGAGACAUCUCUAUGAUUUCAGUCUUUUAAUACAUACAUAUAUUCAAUUCAGACAGGUAACAGUAAUAGUAUUACAGAUAUGCAAAACAUUUCAAAUCACACACAUUAAACUGUACAAUUUCAAUGUUAAAGCAACAACUUCUGAGAAACUUAGCUUUAGUAAAAUAGUGUGUAUUGAAUGAAAAUGUUCUGAUGUGACAUGUACAUAAUCAUUAACUGUUAGCAAAUCAGAUUGUUUAUUCUUUUUCAGAUGUUUUGGCUAUUUUACUUUCACUUGAAUUUCUAAACAAUUUUAAUAAAUUUAUCUCAAUAGUUUUACACCA